AUGGCAUGCUCAAAAAUAUUUUUGGGAGACUUACCCGAUUUAUUGUACAAAAUUAUACAAUACUUUCGAAGUGAUUUUUCAACACUGCAUUCGUGUAUUUUAGUCAAUAGAUUAUGGUGUCGUUUGACAAUUCCGUUAUUGUGGGAAAAUCCAUUUUCAAUUAUUUCAAAUAAAAAUAAUUACUCUAUUAAAUAUAAUUUUAUUGUAACUUAUUUAGUCAAGUUAAAUGACAAUGAUAAAAUAAAAUUAUAUGAAUUCGGUAUAAACAAUUUGUCUACAAAUAUACUAUUUAAUCAUCCCUGCUUUAUUAAACAUUUAGAUACACGUUUGAUUAGUAUUUGUAUUGAAAGAUGGGCUGCAGCUGUUAAAAAAAUUGAAACCCUUCCAUAUACUUUUAUCAGAAAUCUACCGAAUAUUGAAAGUAGGGCUGCAGCUCUUAAAAAAAAUAGAACCCUUCGAAAUUCACAAAAUUCAGAUUUCAUAAAAUUUAUUUAUAAGUCAUUAAUUAAGAUAUUCAUUGAAAAUGAAGCAAUCAUACAUACUUUUGAUGUUAGUAUCUGUUAUAAACCUAUCGAUGUUAUUCCUAAAUUGAUUUUACAAAGUUCAAAUUUCGUUCGUAAUAUUAAAAAUCUUCAUCUUAGAUCUUCCUCAUUGAAAAUUAAUAAUAUAAACCCUCUAUUAAAAUUUUUAAGUUCUAAUUGCAGCUCAAUUUCAUCACUCUUUAUUCCAAGUUUUAAAGGUACUAGUAGUAGUACGGCUAUUGAAUAUUUGUCACAAUCAUCACAAUUAAUUAAAUCACAAAAAAAUCUUUCCAAAAUUUUAUUUUUUUAUGAUUUUCCUUAUUCAACGUUAUUAAAUUCUAAUUGUUUAAAUACUUUAAACACUAUUAUACUUUGCAACAUCGAUUUUAAAAAUAUGAAUUUCUUAAAUGAAGUAUUUGAACAAUUAAAUGUUUUAGAAUCUAUUCAUAUUAUUGAUUGUCGCUCUCUAGAUUUUAAUUUUCUUCAACAAAUAACUAAUUUAACUAAACCAUUUAAAUUAAAAUCCUUAUUUGUGAAUAAUACAUUUGAGUCAAUAGAAUUAUUAUUACAAAAAUCCGGCGACUAUUUAGAAAAUUUUGGAUUUGAGUCAUUUAAUCUUUUUGAUGAUGAACCAGAAUCACAACUAUUUGAAUUAAUUACAAAAUAUUGUAAGAAAAUUGAAUUCUUUGAAUUAUGUGAAUUUAAUAGUCAGAAUAUUUAUCCAACAUUUAAUUUAAUCAAAAAUAUUCAACAAAAUCUUAAUUAUCUUACUAUUGAUUUAGAUUAUGAUUUUGGAAAAUAUUUUUAUAAUAAUAUUGCCAAAAUUAGUUCAAAUAUACUUCAAAAUUUAGGACAAAUUCUUCCUCCUAAAUUAGAAUAUUUGAAUAUGUCUCUUGUUAUGAAUACAAAUGAUUUUGUAAUAUUUUUGAAAAAAUCUCAAAAUACUUUUAUUAAGAAAUUAUUAUUUAAAGACGAUGGAAUCCAAGAUAAAACAGGAAAAGAUGAUAUGUUACAUUAUACAAAGGAAUAUAUUAUGAGAAAGGAGAGAGUGAAAUAUUUUGCUUUUCGAUUUUAUACUAAUAAAUGGGAUGAAUUGUAUGAUUUGGAGGAUGAGGUCAAGCAAUUUAGUUUACAUAAUAUAGUAGUCCAAAAUUAUAAUGAUUUGAAAAUUGGUAAAUUUAAAAGAAUAUUAGAAGAAUAGAUUGGUAAAUUAGUUAAAAACAGUAAAUAUGUGGUAAAUUUACAUAAUAAAGUUGUUUU